AUGGGUUUAGGGUGGAGAAGAAGGAAGAAGAGCCACCACAAAGCCAAGGUGGAGGAGCUGGUGACUCCUAACCAAUUCCGGUGCCCAAUUUCUCUCGAGUUGAUGAAGGAUCCUGUCACAUUGUCAACUGGGAUUACAUAUGACAGAGAAAGCAUAGAUAGGUGGCUUGAUGAUGGGAAUUACAAAUGCCCUGUUACCAACCAGAUUGUCAACAACUUUGAUCUCAUUCCCAACCACACUCUCAGGAUAAUGAUCCAAGAUUGGUGUGUGGAAAAUCAACAACAUGGCGUUGAAAGAAUCCCAACCCCAAGAAUACCCAUUAGCCCAAUUGAGGUAGCUGAUGUUCUUCUGCACGUGAAGGCCUCAUCCUCAGCUACACGUCUGGAUCAAUACAAGUGCCUGGAAUUGGUUCAGAAAAUCGAGAGGUGGAGCGCUGAGAGCGAGAGAAACAGGCGAUGUAUAAUGGAGAAUGGAGCAUCUUCUGCAUUAGCCUCUGCCUUUGAUGCAUUUGCAAAUGAUUCCAUUGAGAGGAAUGUGAGUAUUCUGGAUCAGAUUUUGUCUGCUCUCGAUUCCAUGUUUCCACUUCAAUUGGAAGCGCGGAAAUAUAUGGGGUCUUUGGCUUCUUUACGUUGCAUGGUUUGGUUCUUGAAACACCAAGAUCUCUCAGGGAAAGAGAAAUCCAUUGUUGCCUUGAAAGAGCUUCUUUCUUUUGGUGAUCGCCAGCAUGUGGAGGCGCUGGCAGAAAUUGAAGGAGUCAAUGAACUAUUGAUGGAAUUACUUAACAAAAGAAUUUUUAGUCCAACCAUUACAAAAGCUUCGUUGGUGAUUGUUUGGUACUUGGUUUCAUCUUCUUCUCCUCGUGGUGAGAAGAUGAAAUUGCAAUUUAUUGAAUUGGGUCUGGUUUCUGCGGUGCUGGACAUUCUCAUUGACUCAGAAAGAAGCUCAUGUGAGAAGGCUCUGGGUAUUUUUGACUCCCUCUGCAGUUGUGAAGAAGGAAGAAAAAAAGCUUAUGGUAAUGCUCUUACAAUUCCUCUCUUGGUCAAGAAGUUAUUGCGAGUUUCAGCAACGGGUUCAAAUUACUCUGUUUCUGCUAUUUGGAAGCUGUGCAAAUUUAGAGAGAGGGACGAAGAAAUGGUUUUGGUUGAGGCCCUUCAAGUUGGUGCCUUUCAUAAGCUCUUGCUAAUAUUGCAGGUCGGCUGUGGUGAUAAGACCAAGGAGAAAGCCACUGAGCUUCUCAAACUGCUCAAUCCUUACAGGGCUGGUGUGGAAUGCAUAGACUCCGAUUUCAAGAACCUCAAGAGAUCAAUUUAA